GCGCACAGAGCUGAACAUCCAGUGGUCCAAUAAUAAUCUUUUUCCUCUGACUGGGCACGCGCGCUCUCUCUCUGCGUCUGUGUGUGUGUGUGUGUGUGCGCGCGCGCAGCCGCAGCAGCUCGCGAACUCAGCGCGAACCAGCUGUGACACACACUUGUCGCGAAGAAGACUUUUCGGAGAGUUUGAGAGAAACAAAGUGAAGACGCGGUGAUGUUUCCUCCACGCAGGGGUCACUGAGAGACUUUCAGGAUGAACUCCGCUGUCACAGCAGUGGUCCUCGGAGUGCUGGUUGGGACUCUGGCCAAAAAGGACGAGUGUUUUUCAGGCCAGUUUACAACCAGAGGGGAAUGCUGCAGGCAGUGUCAGCCCGGGGAGGGAGUCGUCAGAGCGUGUGGAGUCAACCAGACUGAGUGUGCGCCCUGCCUCGACAGUGAAACUUUCUCAGAAAACCUCAGUCACACAGAGAAAUGUAAGACCUGCACACAGUGCACAGGUCUCCUCCGCAUGGCAACGCCGUGCACGGACUCCAAUGACGCUGUCUGUGUGUGCAACUACGGCUACUACCAGAACGAACUGUCUCAGCAGUGUGAACCCUGCACCAAAUGUCCUGAGGGCCAGGGGAUGUUGUUCAGCUGCGAGCUGGAUCAUGACACUGUGUGCGAGGUGUGCACUGUGGACACGUAUUCAGACCAGGAAAGUUUUCAUGAGCCCUGCAUCCCUUGCACCACCUGUGAUGAUGAUGAGCUACUGCAGGCCUGUACGUCUGUCAUCGAUACAGUUUGUAAAGUUCAAUACCUAUCAGUGUCUCCAACCCCCUUCAUGAACGAAGGCGGUGAAGAUGAACUCUUUCCAUCAGAGGAGCCUCCACCAGAUAUCCUUACAGAGAGAACCACCACCACCACCAGUGGUGACUCCCAGGAGCGGAUCUACCAGGGUCUGAACGACAAACUCAUCCCCAUCUAUUGCUCCAUCCUGGCUGCUGUCGUGGUCGGCCUUGUGGCUUUCAUCAUUUUCAAGAGGUGGAACAGCUGUAAGCAGAAUAAACAGGGGGCCAACAACUGCACAGCCAACCAGAACCAGACUCCAUCACCUGAGGGGGAGAAGCUGCACAGCGACAGUGGCAUUUCUGUGGACAGCCAGAGUCUGCAGGAGCAGCAGGGCCAGACUCAGGCCCACACAGUUGUCACCAUGGAUGAAGAGCCUUGUCUGCUCCUUCCACUUCACACCAGGGAGAAAGUGGAGCAGCUUCUGUUCCGGGGCAGUGAAGGGGACAACUGUGAUCACAUGGACGACAGUGACUGGUGCAACCUCGCGGGCCUCCUGGGAUACGAGGAGGAGCGGAUCGCUACCUUCCAAAAGGAGGAUCAUCCUGUCCGUGCCCUCCUGUCUGACUGGGCGAGCAAGGACUGUGCCAGCAUUGACGCGCUGUGCACAGCACUGCGCAAGAUCAACCGUGACGACGUCGCCCAGAGUCUAGUGCUCAGUCCAAGCACAGUGAAGCCAACAGCCACCUCUGUGGUGUGAGUGAAGGUCAUCAGAGAGUGCCUCAAACAUAACCUUUAUAUUGAUCUGGUCUAUCGGCCGCCCUCACUCCACAUAAUUCAUGCUAAGCUGCUUUAAGCUAUUCCCUCAUGAAGUCAGCAGACACAGUGAAUCACUUUAUGUUUAAUUAAGGGUUAUAAUGCCAGAGUCAAGUCAAGGCAGAGACAAUCAUUCUACUGUCAGGAUGUGCCUGUAAUCAACCAUUCUGACAUUUGUUCUUUUUAAAUCCACACAGUGUAAAGAAAGGUGUGGAUAAGGGUUUCCAGUAAUCAUUCUUUUGUGAGCCUGGAAUAUCCUUGUGCCUCCAUGCAGCCUUUGACAGCUGACCAUUUCCUCAGACUUUUGCAACCGUGAAAUAGCAGCUUCCUGAUCCUCUACAUCUUCAAUCAAUAAUAAUAGUUACUUAGCCAGUUACUUAUAACGUAUAUGAUAAGCCAGUGAUGUACGACCUUGCAAACAUAUAACACUGCUAACCAAAGAGGAGUAAACAUCUCCAGACCGCACGCCAUUACUGACAUACCAUGUUAGCACACCACACAGUAUGUGGAUCAUUGUAAAUAUGACAAUUUGGGGAAAGAUGUUUGGAUGCAUUUCAAGUCUGUUCGGUUUCAGACAUGUGGAAUUAAUCUCACCUUUGAUUUAAAUGAUUUCUAAUAGCGAAGACUUUUCUCGUUUUUGCCUGCCACGUUCCAACCACGUGGUCUGUGCUGCAGGACACUGAUUGAAGCAACAUGAGAAUCCAGACUAUGUGCUCAGGCCUGUCUACGCAACACAGGAGCCAAGUCAU